GUAUUUCGUGCUGCCAAAGAAGUCACUCGUAUCUUCAGAGAGGCAGAGUGUACAUUCGCAAUCAUGGGGAGUACAGCUUGUUACCUUUAUGGAAACAAACGCUUGCCAAAUGAUGUCGACAUUCUAAUAUUAUCGCAUACCUGUGAUGUAGAGACAUUAAAGGAACUCCUUGUCACUAAGAACCCUGCUCGUUUCUAUCUCAUGAAUGCCAAAACCCCUGGAGCUACGUGGAAGGUCCUGUGGUACCACGAUCACAGCACGAAUGGGAAAGUGGAGAAAACCAAAGUCGACAUCCUGAAGCCGGGGAUUUUACAGCUGCCGAUAAUAUUUUCUGAGGCUAUCGUUGAUAAGCAGGGACUACCAGUCGUUCCUCUGUCAAUCCUACUGCUGCACAAACUGAAGGGGUGGAAGGAUAACAUGGAGUCGAUGGAGCAACGUCUUCGGAACAAGCAUGACGCGGAUGUGGGGGAUAUAGGCUCCUUGUUGAGGAUUGUCCUGGAGGGA